AGCUGAAGUAGAACCGUUUAUUCCUCAGAAGAAGGGUCCAGAAACACUAAUGAUCCCAAUGGCGCUUCCUAAUGACAGCGGAGGAAUUAAUGGCAUGGAACCAACUCCUAUCCCUAGCUACCUGAUCACUUGCUAUCCAUUUGUACAGGAAAACCAAUCCAAUAGACAGUUUCCGUUAUACAACAGUGACAUCAGAUGGCAGCAACCCAACCCAAAUCCUGCAGGACCAUACCUUGCUUAUCCUAUAAUAUCCGCGCAACCGCCUGUUUCUACAGAGUACACCUAUUAUCAGCUGAUGCCAGCACCAUGUGCUCAGGUCAUGGGUUUCUAUCAUCCUUUCCCUUCUCUAUCAUCCUUUCCCUUCAAAACAGCAAGUGCUGUGAAUGCAGUUACUACAGAAUGCACUGAGCGGCCCAACCCGUCUGGCCAGGUCUUUCCAUUAUCCAGUCAGCGGAGCAGAAGCACUACCAGGGGGCCAGUCAUACAAAAACAACAACAGUUACAGACGCACAUAAAAAAUAAACGUCCCCCAGUGAAAAAUGUCGCCACUCAGAAGGAGACUAGUUCAUCAGGUCCUGAGAACAGAGCAAAGAUUGUUCUGUUGGUUGAUGCAUCCCAGCAAACAGACUUCCCUUCCGAUAUAGCUAAUAAGUCACUUUCUGAGAGCGCCUCUACAAUGCUUUGGAAAUCAAAAGGCAGGCGCAGAAGAGCUUCUCACCCUGCCGCGGAGUCCUCUAGCGAGCAGGGCGCAAGUGAAGCAGACAUUGACAGCGACAGUGGCUAUUGUAGUCCCAAGCAUGGCAAUAACCAGGCUGCGGCCAUGACCGCAAGGAACACGGAUUCUUGUGCAGUGAAUGUUGCAGAACCAUCAGUAAAUACAAAUGCCACUUCUUUUUCAGCUGGUGUAAGUUGGAGUAAUGUAAGUUCCCAGGCAACUCAAAAAAAACCUUGGAUUGAAAAGACUCAGACAUUUUCUAGAGGUGGAAGACAACCUGAGCAAAGAAAUAAUUCACAGUCCGGCUUCAGAUGCAGAGACCACAGCACAUCUUCAGAAAGAAGGCAGAAUCUGCAGAAGCGACACGAAAAACCUCUAACUGCAAGCCAGUCAAGCAGAACAGAGCAGAGUCCUGAACCUCUGUAUUUUGAGGACGAAGACGAAUUUCCAGAGCUAAAUAGUGACAAUGGCAGCAGCAAGAGUAGUAACAUCCAGCAAAAGAUUUCACCCAAAGUAUUGGAUGACUUACCGGAGAAUUCUCCAAUCAAUAUAGUCCAAACUCCAAUUCCCAUUACGACCUCCGUACCAAAGCGUGCGAAAAGUCAGAAGAAGAAGGCCUUGGCAGCAGCUCUUGCAACAGCUCAAGAGUACUCGGAGAUAAGCAUGGAACAGAAAAAACUUCAGGAGGCUCUAUCAAAAGCGGCUGGAAAGAAGAGCAAGACCCCUGUUCAGUUAGACUUGGGCGACAUGUUAGCAGCUCUUGAAAAGCAGCAGCAAGCAAUGAAAGCCCGUCAGAUCACCAAUACCAGGCCCCUCUCAUACACAGUUGGCAGUGCUGCUCCCUUCCAUACCAAAGAAUCUGCCAACAGAAAGUCCUUAACGAAGGGACAGCUGUCCAUGGGCUGCCUUAAUCCUUUGGAUUCAACUGCCCCAAAAGUAAAAAGAGGAAAAGAGAGAGAGAUUGCAAAACUGAAACGCCCUACAGCACUUAAAAAGAUUAUUUUGAAAGAGAGAGAAGAGAAGAAAGGCCGUCUCUCAGCUGACCAUAGCCUUUUGGGAUCUGACGAACAGAAAGAGGUUCCUAUAAACUUGACUGCGGAUCAGUCUCAGGAGCUGGCCUCUCAAGAAGAAACUGGACUGAGCAUGCCAAGUGAUACUUCGCUUUCGCCAGCAAGUCAGAAUUCUCCCUACUGUAUGACUCCAGUGUCACAGGGUUCACCUGCCAGUUCUGGAAUAGGCAGCCCAAUGGCAUCUUCGGCAAUAACCAAAAUUCACAGCAAGAGAUUCAGAGAGUACUGUAACCAAGUUCUAAGUAAAGAAAUAGAUGAGUGUGUGACUCUCUUGUUGCAAGAGCUUGUCAGCUUCCAGGAGCGUGUUUAUCAAAAGGAUCCGAUGAGAGCUAAAGCAAAGAGAAGACUUGUUAUGGGCUUGCGUGAGGUCACUAAGCAUAUGAAACUAAACAAGAUCAAGUGUGUUAUCAUAUCUCCCAACUGCGAAAAAAUCCAGUCAAAAGGUGGACUAGAUGAGGCUCUGUAUAACGUCAUAGCCAUGGCACGGGAACAAGAAAUUCCUUUUGUCUUUGCUCUUGGCCGUAAAGCUCUUGGCCGCUGUGUGAACAAGCUGGUUCCUGUCAGCGUAGUGGGUAUCUUCAACUACUCAGGUGCUGAGGACCUAUUUAACAAGCUGGUAUCGCUGACUGAAGAGGCCAGAAAAGCAUACAGAGAUAUGGUUGCUGCCAUGGAACAGGAGCAGGCGGAAGAGGCCUUGAAGAAUGUCAAGAAGGCACCCCAUCACAUGGGCCAUUCCCGUAACCCCUCUGCAGCAAGUGCCAUCUCAUUCUGCAGUGUUAUUUCUGAGCCCAUAUCCGAAGUGAAUGAGAAGGAAUACGAAACCAACUGGAGAAAUAUGGUGGAAACAUCCGAUGGGUUAGAAACCUCUGAAAAUGAGAGAGAAUCCUCGUGUAAGACUGCGGUACCGGAAAAAGCUGGUAAUGGCCAAGCUGAAAAAGCCACUCUUAACAAGCAACCGCCUCUGGCUAUAACUGGCACUACCUCAGCAACGAAUCUUGGAAAAUCCACACCGGCUGACAAAGAUGAGGUGAAACCAGAUGACAAUCUGGAGUGGGCCUCGCAGCAGAGCACAGAAACGGGAUCGCUGGAUGGCAGCUGCCGAGAUCUUUUGAAUUCCUCCAUGACCAGUACCACCAGUACUCUUGUACCAGGGAUGCUGGAAGAGGAGGAGGAGGAGGAAGAUGAGGAGGAGGAGGAUUAUGCCCAUGAACCGAUUUCUGUAGAGGUUCAGAUUAACAGCAGAAUUGAAUCUUGGGUUUCAGAGACCCAGAGAACUAUGGAGACUCUUCAGCUUGGGAAGACCCUUAGCGGUGCCGAAGAAGACAACGCGGAACAAAGCGAAGAGGAAGAAUUAGAGACUUCCGAGCAGGCCGAACCAGUCACCGAUGGUGAGGAAUGGACAAAUGAUAAGCACGCCAGUAACGCCCAACACAAACCCACCAUCUGCAGCUCUUUGAAUAAAGAACACACAGAUUCCAUCUACAUGCCGUAAAAAUAAGCAGGAACUCAGGAACUUCUUAGGAA